AGGGGGAUAAUAGGAGGGGAGAGGAGAGAUGUCGGAACCAGCCGCAAAUCCCGCUGCGACCUCGUUCCCAGCGCCAAUUAUUUCCCUGCCUUUAGGACUGGAGGUGCUGAGGACCUACUCUGGAGCUCUGAUCUGCUUAGAAAUAUUCCUUGGAGGUCUAGUAUGGAUCCUGGUGGCCUCCUCCAAUGUGCCAGUGCCUUUGCUACAGGGCUGGGUGAUGUUCGUCUCAGUCACCACCUUCUUGCUGUCCAUCAUCUACCUCACUCUCCUCAUCACCAGCCUGGCUGACCACAUCAACAUAGACUGGAACUUUCUGGAUGUGUUUUAUCAUUUCAUAGCAUUGCUUUUCUACUUUGCUGCCUUUGUGCUGGAGGCGGCCACUACAGCGGCAGCUGUCUAUAUUAAACCAACACACAACAACUCCAUAUGCAUCAAACACCCACAAGGCAACAUCCUCACCAUCCUAAAUCAGACGCAGUACCAAAUUAAUGUGGCAGUCACGGUAUUUGCCUUUGUGGUGACGCUGUGCUACGGCUGCAGUUUGGUGAUGGGCUUCAGGAGGUGGAGGCUGUAACUGAGAAUGCAACAACAUGAAAUAACUUUACAACUUUUGUCGCAUCAUCUUCACAAUCAGAUCAGUUUUUGCUUAUUUAAUGUUAUGUGUCGGACGCAGCUCGGAGAACCGACCAGCGUUUGAAGGACCCAGUAUGAAAUAAGCAGAGCACGGUACAAAGGCUAACUGAAUUUAAUACAUAACAGUGAUACAA